AUGCGGGGCCGGCAGCGGGAGCAGCCCCGGCAGCAGCGGGGCCGGGAGCAGGGCCGGGAGCAGGGCCGGGAGCAGGGCCGGGAGCAGGGCCGGGAGCAGGGCCGGGCGCUGCCCGCCGCCGUCGGGGCGCUGUGCAGGGCCCUGCCGCCCCGCGCCCGGCCCGCCCCCGACACCCUGCGCCGCGCCAGGUUCGACCGGCCGCAGGCGAGCCUGGAUUUCUGGAGGCUGCUGUAUGUGCUUCUGAAACAGAUCCAUGGAGGCAGGUGGACAGAGUCUGAUGCCAUAGAGACCCAAAUUAGGUUUGUGAAGUCAGCGCUGUGGUACCACGGCUAUGACAGGCCAGAGCUCCAUCAGCUCCCGGCCGAUGGCUCCGCAGGAAGUCGGGAGCUGCUGCUGGCAUUUUCCUGGCUGCUGCACAGACUCAGCCUCCUGGAGCAGCUGCUGGUUCGGAACAGAGUAAAGACUGGGGAUGAAGCCUCUGUGUGCACGUGUGAAGAUAAUCUGCCUAGCAGCCAGGAAGGUACAGCUGAAGCAGCACCCGAAGGUGGGCUGGAAGACAGAGUGGAUGUUCGWUACCUGCAGUGUUUGGAUGGGAGGCUGAGGUUCCAGUGGAGGAGUUUGCACGCUCAGCACCAAGAGCAAUGCAAACUUUUGCACAAGAUCCACUUAUUCACAAGUGGCUCUCACAUGGACAAGAUCCUUGGACAUUUUUCUGUCACAGAAACAGAUCUCGUUAGACAACCAGAGAACUACAAGCAGCUAUUCCAGCUCCUGGAGUCUGAAACCAUGCAGCUGGAAGCCUUUCUGGAGUGGAAGCAACUGGAACCAGUUUACUGGCAGUGGAUGGAAACCGUGUUGGAUGAUAUGGCUGAAGAGGGAAAUAUGUGCAAGUCCCAGGAUGCUCGUGUAGAGAAAAGAAGGCUGCCAGAGGUGACCUCCUGCUGCCCCUGGGCUGAGAACCUGACUGGGCAAAUGGACAGAUUAUCCAGAGAUCUAAUGGCUCUCCAAGACCAGCUGCAUCAGCUGAUCAUUCAGCGAAAGGCUGCAUGGUGGGAGAAGGUGACAGCAAGAGAAGAACUACAGAAAGAGGGGUUCUCUGCCACUGCUAGAAAGAUACAGGAAAGUGUUGAACAAAAACUGCGAGAUCUGACAUGCUUUCAUGCUCCAAAGAAAAAUGCAAUGCACGGUUCGUGCAGGUUGGUGCUGAGAAACAAACAUCCCGCCACCAAAAUGGGCUUUGGUCAGUGUGGAUCCAAGGAGGCUGUUUCAGCUGUCAGUGCUACYGAGGUGAUCAGAGAGCUGCAGAUGAGAGAGGCCAGCCUGCAGAGAGAGCUGGAGCAGCUGCGGGAGGAGUGCYGCCAGAGGCUGGAUGAAAUUGCACAAGGCUUGGAGGGAGUGAUUUGUAUCUCCCCUUGAARAGAUAAAACUGCACUGAGAGGAGCAAAGGAAAAGAGUGGCUUGAUCACAUUGUGCAGCCUAGCUGGGGGAGUGUGAGGUGAGGAACCAAAUGAAUUUCUCAUUUUUUAGCCUGGCAAUCAUAACUUGUCCCUGCUUUGUGAGUUAUGCUGGGGCCAUAACCUCGGUGRCUCUCUCUGCAGCCCCUUUAUUGCUAACCUUGCCAAUUAAAUUCUGCAUUAGGCCUUGGUGGGAGUGUGCAUAAAUCUCCCUUUUAUCUUCUGGAUUUCUAGUUCUUCUGCCAAGCACUGGGCUCUUUUACAGUGCUCAGCUGCUAGGCACGGCGUACAUUGAGGCUGUGCAUUGAAGUACUAAUUGCAUUCAAUAUUUUCCAGCAAUUGGAAGAGUUCAUUAGUCAGAAAAAUCCAAGUAUUGGAGAACAUGAAAAAUGCCAAGGCUUAGAGAGAUUGGAAAUAUU